AUGGAUCUACGCACCUUGUCUCGUGAAUGGAAGAUUGCAGCAGCCACUAUUGCCACAGCAAGUGCGCUUCUUUAUGCUAUCAGGUCUAGCAGUAACUCAAAAGGUCCCAAAGACAACAUCCCCACGGCCCCUGGUCGCUUGCCAUUCUUUGGCCAUAUCCUUUCUCUUGAUACUAGCAUGCCAGCCUUUACAUUCAAGAAAUGGCUUACAGAAUAUGGACCAGUGUUGAGAGUUAACUUGGGUGCGCAAGAAUGGAUCCUCGUGAGCAACUUGGAUAUCAUCCAAGAUGUCUUGGUGCGUAAUGGUGCGGUUGCAUCCAGCAGACCAUUUUUCAACUAUGCCUCAGGAUACUAUGCACUUAACAAAAAAGGUAUUCUCCUUUCGGACGCCAACAAAAAGUGGAAAAAUGCAAGAUCGGCAGCCCUUACUAUCCUGUCGCCCAAAAUGGUAAACGAGUAUAGCAACGUGCAUUUGGCUGAAGCCGACAUUUUGGUGGAUGAGCUGUUACAAAAGGGUGGUGUUUCACAAGGCAUUGAGCUCGAACAGCCCUUGAGAAAGGUGUCUCUUAACUACUUGUUGGAUACAUGUUUUGGCACGCGAGUAACAUCAGAAGAGGAUCCACUCUUCCAAAAGAUGGAUAGCUUUAUCAAUGAAGUCCUUUUACUCGGUGGUCCUUAUCAUGACGUUGGCUCUAUUUUCCCAGCACUCUCAUUUGUGGAUACCCUGCUUGGACGCAACAAUACGUUUGAAAGAUUUGUCAAAGAAAGAAGAGAUCCAUUAUUCAACCCCUUGAUCAACAAUGCAGCCCAAGGAGAACGUGAUUGUUUAGUUAAGCGAUUGGUUGAAGACAAAGGAAAAUAUGACCUUGAUGAUGAUGACAUUAUGGUAACGGCAUGUGACUUGAUUAUUGGAGGUACGGAUACAACUGCUGCCACACUUGGAUGGAUGCUUGCUAUCCUUGUACACCACCCCGAUGUAUGCAAGCGACUAUCCCAUGAAGUGGAUGCUUUUAUCAGCGAGCAUAAGAGAUACCCAGUGUUUUCGGAACGAUUAGAACUCCCAUACUUUAACGCCGUCCAAAAAGAAUGCAUGCGUUAUCGACCUACCACCCAUUUUGUGUUUUUCCACAAGAUCGAUAAAGAUAUUGAAUCGCAUGGCUACAUUUUCCCAAAAGGAUCGGUCGUUUACCCCGUAAUUUACGCCAUCCACAGCGACAACGAGGUUUACCCUGAUGCUGACAAGUUUAUUCCUGAGCGUUUCUUCGGAGAUGAAAAGACGAUGGCAGCUUCUGCCAAUUGUAAACAUGGAGAGCGUGAUCAUUUUACAUUUGGCUUUGGUCGACGAGUGUGCCCUGGUAUUCAUUUGUCCGAGGUGGAAAUGUUUAACGUUUUGGUGCGUAUAUUUGCUCGAUGCACCUUGGAGCCAGCACUCGAUGAUCAGGGCAAGCCUGUGAUGCCGGAUUUGGAUGCACCACGUGACGGCGGUAUUAUCAUUCUCCCGCCACACUUCCAUGUACGCUUCCUUCCUAGAGCUGAUGCUCUCAUCUAG